AUGGAUUCUCAAAUCCUUGACUUAAAAGCCCUUAUACCCUUUUUCCUCUUCAUGAUUGUGGCACUGAAAAUAGUGAGGAAUCUCAAAAAAACUGACUCAACUCCAAAGGUACCCCCAGGGCCAUGGAAACUACCAAUCAUAGGAAAUAUACCCCAUCUUGUUACAUCCACACCACACCGAAAAUUAAGAGACUUGGCCAAAAUAUAUGGACCCUUAAUGCAUUUACAACUUGGAGAGGUCUUCACAAUUGUUGUUUCAUCACCAGAGUAUGCAAGGGAGGUAAUGAAAACCAAUGAUGUUAUUUUUGCAUCAAGGCCUCAACUUUUAUCAGCAAAAAUAAUUUCUUAUGAUUCCACAAAUAUAGCUUUUGCACCUUAUGGAAAUUAUUGGAGACAGCUACGAAAAAUUUGCACAUUGGAGCUUUUGACCACAAAACGUGUCAAUUCAUUCCAUCCCAUAAGAGAAGAAGAGUUCACCAAUGUCAUCAAAAGGAUUGCAUCAGAGGAAGGAUCACCCAUCAAUCUCACCAAAGAAGUACUUUUAUCAAUAUAUACAAUCACUUCAAGGGCUGCUUUUGGCAAGAAAUGCAAAGACCAAGAAGAAUUCAUAUCACUGGCAAAAGAAUUAGUAAAGGUUGCAGCAGGUUUUGGCAUAGGAGAUUUGUUUCCUUCUGCUAAAUGGCCUCAACUUGUCUCUGGUUUGAAGCCUAAGCUUGAGAGGUUGCAUCAACAAAUUGAUCAGAUACUGGAAAACAUCAUCAAUGAGCAUAAAGAGGCAAAGUCAAUAGCCAAACAAGGUCAAGUUGAAAAGGAGGAAGAUCUUUUAGAUGUUCUCCUAAAAUUUCAGGAUGGCAAUGGUAGCAACCAGGAUAUUAGCUUAACUAAUAACAAUGUCAAGGCUAUAAUCCUGAAUAUUUUUGGUGCUGGAGGUGAGACAUCAGCAACUACCAUAGAUUGGGCAAUGGCAGAGAUGGCAAGGGAUCCAAGAGUAAUGAAGAAAGCACAAGCUGAGGUGAGAGAGGUAUUCACUAUGAAAGGAAGGGUUGAUGAAAGUUGCAUCAAUGAACUCAAAUAUUUGAAAUCAGUUGUCAAAGAGACCCUGAGGCUACACCCUCCAGCUCCUCUUUUACUUCCACGAGAAUGUGGACAAGCAUGUGAGAUUCAUGGGUAUCAUAUACCGGUCAAAAGUAAGGUCAUUGUCAAUGCUUGGGCAAUUGGAAGAGAUCCAAACUACUGGGCUGAACCAGAGAGGUUUUAUCCAGAGAGAUUCAUUGAUAGUUCUAUUGACUACAAAGGAAGUAAUUUUGAGUACAUUCCAUUUGGUGCUGGAAGAAGAAUAUGCCCGGGCAGCACAUUUGGUUUGAUAAAUGUUGAGAUGGCCCUUGCAUUAUUAUUGUAUCACUUUAAUUGGAAGCUUCCCAAUGGAAUGAAAAGUCAUCAGUUGGACAUGACAGAGCAAUUUGGAGUGACUGUUAGAAGAAAAGAUGAGUUGUACUUGAUUCCCUUGGCUCAUACUCCUUAG